AUGGGUUCUCAUGCAGACAGCGACUGCACUGAACCAAUCUCUCCGCAGCCUAAGCCCGCGGGCACAACUGUAGGCGAGCACGUCAGACAUGACCUUGAUCUAGUAGAGGAUGAUUUGGCACCAGAGGUAGAGAACACGACGGUAUCACUCGAUACCUUCCACUCUAUUCCCCUUGACUCGCCGAAACCUACCCGCGCUCAAAAGACACACACUGGGAAUCACACUCAACCACUUCCUCAAAUAUCAUCAGCCAGCCCUACGAUCGCUCAUGCCAGGGAUGCAUUGACUGCUCCGCUACCCCUUUUGCCUGCGUCCAGUUUCGCCCCUGCGUUAACUACUAUGGCGGUGCCACUUAAUGACUCACCGUCUCGAACUCUUGCGCACAAAAGCAGCGCAUCGCAGUUUCCAACACUUCGCGCUCCAUCCCCGCUACGUAAGUCAAUGCGUGUCGCAAUAGAACCAUCUACGGGCGCUGGGAUUCUUGCGCCAGCUGUUGCUGCACCAACACAACCUCCCGCAUUGGGCAAACGUACAUCGUGGCUAAUGAAGGCCAGAGAGGUGAAAGCCAUGGAAAACAUCGUCCAUAGCAAGACAAGCAUUCUCGGCCCGGGUGUUGGUACAAUGAAUCCCUCUGUGAACACUGUUGCUCCCUUGAAGCGGAAGAGUGGUGACAUGCUUGCUGCUGCACCUUUGACUUUAGACAAGACCGACGAGGGACGUAGAGCGAAGGUGGCUAAGGCCUCCGAGUUUGAUUCCGCUCCACAAAAUUCGAAGGACCCACCCGCUCUGAACCAGGAGACAGCCAUGCUGACUCAAGCUCCUUCCUUCGCUCUGGCACCAACUAGAGCUGUGCAUCUCCCUGAGGAGCACUGGGAACCCCUGAACGACAAGGAGGAUGAGGCUAGUUUUAUCGGAGUGUUUAAACGUACAGUUGAAGGUCUUGGUGCCCGUGCGGGAAAAAGCAUGGGGAAAUCCCUUGGUGGGGGUGCGGCAGCCGCCGCGCUUGCUGAAGCUCGUGCUGCCGCAGAAGCAAGAGUAGCGGAGAGGAACAAGAUCACUGAAGAAGAGCUCACGGAGUCAGAGGACUCUUCCGCGCCAUGCACUGAAGAACUCCAACCGGCAGCUGAAGAUGUUUACUCAAGAAAAUCAGAACGCAGACUCAGUCUCUCCGACAUUGUCUCUACUAAUGAGAACCCGCUAGCUAUUCAGUCUUCGUCUGCGGCGGAUGAGAGCAUCUCAACUACCCCACCCAACUCCCCACCUCCCACUCGUGCUUCUGGCUCCAGCUUCGUUCCCCCUCCUGGUCCAGUGUUUAACAGGCAACCUCCUCAGGUGUUCAUGCCUCCCAUCUCGAAGCAGAUUGCACCCCUCACCAAAGAAUUCUCUUUCAAUUUGCCAAUAACAACUUUUACGCUUCCUCCGCCAAUAUCUUUGGGUCUACCGGCAAGACUUACAUCGCCUCCGUCUUCCUCUCGUCCCCCUCCGCAUGCAAGCGGUACACAGCAAUCCUCACAAGCAAGCACAUUGUCAGACGCUGUCUUUGAUCGAGUGGAGGAUGUUCCAGCCUGGAUGCCCUCUUCUCAAGACACCGAAUACACAGACGGUACAGAGUCCCAGAUUCAUCGGGCGAAAUUCGCUACACUUGAAGAUGACGAUGAUGAUAGUUGGCCCCUCGAGGAGAAGUUGGCCGCAAGCGAACAGGGAUGGACUCCUUUCAACUUCAAUAACAAGGAGGACAGCAUGACAUGGAGUACACUUCCUACUGAAUCUCAGGGACCUACCAGGACCAGAGGUGAUCUGACCGGCAAUUCAGCGAAGAACGCUGUCCAGCAAGAUGCAAUCCCCGGCGCCUUCGCCAUGGAUAUAGAUAGUGACGUUGUUAAGGUCCAGGACAAUGGAGUCGAUACCCUCGAACCAGAAACCGACCAUGAAUCAGUUAUGUAUACGAGCGAUCUGAGCGAUGUCAUCAAGGCUGGCCAGUCCACUGUUACUCUUAUUGAGCCGAAGUCUGGUGACAUUCCGCGGAGCGAGAGCCAGUUAUCUAUGGCUUCGACGUCUUCGUCUUCGCAGCAGUCACAGAUUGGAUUCUUCGGUCAGGCCACAAAACUCGUCAAUAGCAUGCUUGGCACGGGAAAAAAGGUCAAGCCAGAGGUCAAGAGCCUUCAGCUUGCAGCUGCUGCUGCAAAGAAGCAAGAAGAAGAAGCCCACAAAAAGGCCGCCCGUCUCAAGGAGAUGGAAGCGAGGCGCCAGGCAGCGCUUGCUCGCAAGGCAGACGAAGAGAGGUCACGCGCUGCCGAGGAGAAGAAGAUCAAGGAGGAAUCCGAGAAGCGUAAACGUGAGCGCGAUGAGACCACGGAAAAGCGGCCUCUCAAGACCACUGCUGUGCCUAAGAAGGCGGAGGACGACGCGACGAAGAAGCGGAAGAUCACUGUCGACGAUAAGAAACUCGAAGUCAAAAAGCCACCUUCAAAAGACAAGAAGGAUGCCCCUCCUCCUCCCAAGUUGGCGAAAUCCAGUUUGGCUACUCCUGCAACAAAAAUUGCUUCUGCUUCCAAGAACCUUAAGGUCCCCGCAUCGUCUGCACUUGUGUCUUCUGCGACCUACAAUGCCUCACAGAAUGCCGCUGGGUCAUCCACAGUUAAAUCCGCAGCUACCGAAGUGAAAUCAAGCAAAGUUGGUCCUCCCAAGGGAAAAGCCAAAGCUGUACCACAGGAGAACGAAGAUAAACUUCCCUCCGCCGUGGUGCAGAAUCAGAUGGCAGCGCGUGCAAUGGCCCAGCUACGGGCAGCUAAGCAGCAGCCACCUGAAAUUGCUAGCGAGAGUAUUGAGCUUCCUGACAUCAACAGUGAAUACUCAGACUCGGAAGAUGAAGAUCGGGUACGAACGUUUGAUCCUCCUGAUUGGGCUCAGUCGCCGGAGCUCCGACAGGCAUUGCAAAUGCAAAGCACAGUCGACCCGGAUGACAUAUUCGGAGCGAUACGGCCCCUGCGGAUGGAGGAACUGUUCAGGACGAGGCAGAGUCGGUUUAGAGCACGGACGAGUUCGGCAAAUUGGUCAGGUUCGGACAGACUGACGGUUGAAGAGGAACGAGAGUAUGCCCGUCGCAUGGGUUUUACCAAACAUGCCUGA